AUGCUUGAUGUAGAUUUCAAUGCGAAACUUGGCGAUUUCGGGCUUGCAGAAGUGUAUGAACAUAGUUCUAGCACAAGGGAUGCUACUAUACCAGCAGGAACAAUGGGGUAUCUAGCGCCCGAAUACGUUUAUACCGGGAUUCCUACGGUGAAGACCGAUGUAUAUAGUUUCGGAGUCGUGAUGAUUGAAGUCGCGACCGGGAGGAAACCCGUUGGAGACGACGGAACUGUCGUCGGCGACUACGUUUGGACUCUGUGGGAAAAGAAUAGACUCGUGGAGGCGGCGGAUCCGAAACUGAUGGGGGAAUUCGAUAUUGUGGAGAUGGAGAGAUUGUUAUUGGUAGGGCUUGUUUGUGUUCAUCCUGAUAAUGAAAAGAGGCCUAGAGUGAGGGAUGCAGCUAGAAUGAUUAAGAGAGAAGCAUCAGUUCCUUUGUUGCCACCAUGUAAACCAAGGGUGAGGAUUAGGCCUAUUUGUCCUGAUGAAACACAGAAUCUUGGUUGUGAUUGCGUUAGUAAUGAUGAAGCUCUUUAUAUGACUCCUAGGAGCCAGUUUUACUAG